UGCUUCGAUUCGGUCUUCGGCCAGCUCAAGACUGUUUGGGUUCAUACAUAUCCUCCUUGACUUGAUCGAUCGGAAAUCCCAACAGAACCGACAUCAUGGCAGAUUCGAUGGACGUAGACCAGAAUUCAGUCACCAAACCUGACCCAGAACCAACUUCCAAGGAGCAAAAAAGAUUUGUGGUCAAGAAGUGGAAUGCCGUAGCCCUGUGGGCCUGGGAUAUCAUUGUUGAUAAUUGUGCGAUUUGCAGGAAUCACAUCAUGGACCUUUGUAUCGAAUGUCAAGCCAAUCAGGCGAGUGCGACCAACGAGGAAUGUACGGUUGCUUGGGGAACUUGUAAUCAUGCUUUCCAUUUCCACUGUAUCUCGAGGUGGCUUAAAACUCGUCAAGUUUGUCCCCUUGAUAAUCGGGAAUGGGAACUCCAAAAGUAUGGUCGAUGACGAAACUCCAGCUUCCACACUUGCCAAUGGUACGCUGUGUAAUCGGAAUUGGAUUAUAUUCAACUUUCCUGGAUUUCUUUUCCAGAUUGACUGUGGUCCCCGAAACAAUUGAAAAUGAUGUACCAAUGUAUUAAAUAAUCGUCUAAAUGGUCACAUGGAGAGGACUACUACUACUAGUCCGACUUGAUGAAGAAACGUGGACUUGGGGUACUUCCACCCAUUGAUCAAGUUGCUUGGUAAUUUGCUUUAUGAUUUCAUCCGGUUUAAAUCGUUUUUAGAACGUUCUAGUAGAUCCAGUUGAAUGAUUUUCACAGUUUAGAUGUCGAUUUUAUUUUCAUUUUGAUUGCCAUCUGAGCGGGAAGAUUUCAGUCAUUCCCCUUGAGCAUCUUGAUUGAAUGGGAUUCAUCAAAGCAAUCGCAACCUCACGUAGGAUUUGGCAGU